CACUAAUAAAUACAAAUCCAAAAUCACAAAAUAUCUCACCCGUGGAUCUCUCUCUCUCUCUCUCUCUCUCUCUCUCUCUCUCUGAGUCUCUGUCGAAUCAAACUCUGAAACGCAUUUAGCAAUCAUCAAAUCAUUCCGGUGGAGUUACCAUAUUUGGUUACCUGGAUUUUGAUCUUUUACCCGAAUCCUACCAGAUCAUAUAGGCACCAGGGUUUCCGAGAGAUUUAUAAAGAUUUGAAACCAAGAGUUCGUAAUACGCAUGAGCUGUUCGACAAACCCUUGGAUCCUAGAAGGCCUGUUAAUAGUUUCUCCCUCUUACAGAGGAGACAAGAGUAAUCCCCAAUUGAAACAAGCAAUUUGCUAUUCAAAUGUUGAAGCAAGGCGUUCAACCUCACCAUCUGUUAUUGUGAUUGGUGGUGGAUUUGCUGGCAUAGCUGCUGCUCGUGCCCUUCAUGAUGCUUCAUUUCAGGUUAUAGUACUUGAAUCUCGUAAUAGAAUUGGUGGUCGGGUUCGUACUGAUUACUCAUUUGGUUUUCCAGUGGACUUGGGUGCAUCAUGGUUGCAUGGGGUUUGCAAAGAGAAUCCAUUGGCACCAGUUAUCAGUAGACUUGGAUUACCUUUAUACAGAACUAGUGGUGAUGAUUCAGUGUUAUAUGAUCAUGAUUUGGAGAGCUAUGCACUGUUUGAUAUGGAUGGGAAUCAAGUUCCUCAAGAAUUAGUCUCACAGGUUGGAAAAACAUUUGAGAACAUAUUGGAAGAGACUAAUAAAGUAAGGGAGGAGUUCCCUGAAGACAUGUCUAUAGAGCAGGCAAUAUCAAUUGUGUUUGAAAGAAACCCAAAACUAAGGUUGGAGGGGCUUUCUCAUAAGGAAGAAUUGCUUCCAGGUGGACAUGGACUUAUGGUCCGUGGUUACCUUCCAGUUAUAAACACACUUGCCAAAGGGCUCGACAUCCGAUUAGAUCACAGGGUAACGAAGAUAAAUAGACGUAAAAACGGCGUAAAAGUAAGCGUUGAAAACGGGAAAACAUUAUUUGCGGAUGCAGUGGUUGUGGCGGUGCCACUUGGCGUUUUGAAGUCAAACACCAUUAAAUUUGAACCAAGAUUACCGGAAUGGAAAGAGGAAGCCAUCGCCGACCUCGGAGUCGGAAUCGAAAACAAGAUAGUUUUGCAUUUUGAGAGAGUGUUUUGGCCAAAUGUUGAAUUUCUAGGAGUAGUUUCAGACACCUCUUAUGGAUGUAGCUACUUUCUUAAUCUCCACAAAGCCACUGGUCAUCCUGUCUUGGUUUAUAUGCCAGCUGGACGCCUCGCAAAAGACAUCGAGAAAUUAUCAGAUGAUGCUGCCGCUAAUUUUGCUUUUUUACAUCUCAAAAAGAUUCUUCCUGACGCCUCCCCCCCUAUUCAGCAUUUGGUGUCGCGUUGGGGUAGUGAUGUAAAUUCACUCGGGUCGUAUAGCUAUGAUGCAGUAGGGAAACCCCAUGAUCUGUAUGAAAGGCUAAGGAUUCCUGUGGAUAACUUAUUUUUUGCUGGGGAGGCGACAAGUGUCGACUACCCGGGGUCAGUACAUGGUGCCUACCACACCGGAUUAAUGGCGGCUGAGGACUGUAGGAUGCGUGUUCUAGAACGUUAUGGAGAGCUUGAUCUUUUCCAGCCUGUCAUGGGUGAGGAUACCCCAGCUUCUAUUCCUUUGUUGAUAUCACGUAUUUAACAAGGUGGGACCGGGUUUUGGUUCCUUUUUUUUGUGAUUGUGAGCAUCCUAACAACGCUCACAGUCUAAAAGGAAACCUAAUAUUGAGAUUGCUUUAUCGAUAUAAAUAAUGAGGUGUGUGGACUAUAUAGCCAAAACUUAUUGAGGACACUGUGUUUAUGGAAUGGAAACUUUGAGAACAAUAUGAAAUUAUGGAUUGGUUUAACAAAAUAGUAUGUAAAUUGGUUGAUGGUAAUGUUUAUUGUAUGGCAUGUAUUUACCCUUACAUCGAAGUAACAUGUUAUCUUGAUAACAAUUCGAGUGAAUAGCAUGUAUUAUGUACUUAUAAGGUAAAUCAUACUUAUAAGGUUACAUUUGGUGGUGGAAAACUUUUUUCAAUUUUCUUGGAAACGAUUUAAAAAAAAAAAGAG